GCGCCAGCUGUGUGCUAUCUAAUCCGCCCCAGUCGUCAGAAGCACAUUCACUUCAGUAGGUCGUUAGCGUCGGUGAGGUAAACUUCCUUUUUCGGGAUGAUUUUUCAAACAAUUUUAAGCAACAAAAAGCUGCUCACCGCCUGCGUGAUUGCGGUAGUGAUAACGAUCUGCGCCAUCGUCGUACCGAUCGCUGUCGUCAACUCGUACGAUGAAGCACCGAAGCCAAGAAAGUUUUCUGGCCGAGAAGUUCUCGAUGAAGUGCCACUUAUAGAUGGCCACAACGAUCUGCCCUUCAGCAUAUACCUGGUGGAGAAGAAUUUAAUCAAUCACUUCAACCUCGACUCCAAUCUUAAGCAGCACCCCGUAUGGGCCAAUGUGAACACCAGCCACACAGACCUGCCCCGUUUGCGGCAGGGCAAACUGGGCGCCCAGUUCUGGGUGGCCUACAUCCGCUGUGCCGACACGCAGUACAAGGACGCGGUCGCACGCACGCUGGAACAGAUCGACGUCACCAAGCGCAUCAUCCGGAAGUACCCGAACGAUCUGAAGUAUGCCGACUCCGCGGACGGUAUUAUGGAGGCGUAUCGGGAGAAAAAGCUUGCCUCACUGAUCGCCGUGGAGGGUGGCCAUUCGAUCGAUUCCCGGCUGGCGGUGUUGCGCCUGUUCUACGAGCUCGGUGUACGCUACCUAACCCUAACGCACUCGUGCAACACUCCGUGGGCCGAUGCAUCGCCGGUGGAUGAGCAGGUACCGGCCCCCUCGCUGAACAACCUUUCCGCCUGGGGCCGGCAUGUGAUCUGGGAGAUGAACCGGCUCGGCAUGAUGAUCGACAUCUCGCACGUCAGCUACGGGGUGAUGCGGGACGUGCUGGCGCACAGCCGGGCACCCGUUAUCUUUAGCCACUCGUCGGCCCAUGCCGUGUUCGAGCAUCAUCGCAACGUGCAGGACGAUGUGUUGCGGGAGCUGGCCCGCAAGCGGGGCAUUGUCAUGGUCAACUUCUACCCGCUGUUUGUCGGGGGAAAUACCAUCGAUGACGUUAUCAAGCAUCUGAACCACAUCCGCAGCAUUACCGGUGUCGAUCACAUCGGGCUCGGCGGGGACUACAACGGGGUGGCCGUUACACCGGAAGGGUUGGAAGAUGUUUCGAAGUAUCCCGAUCUGUUCGAUAUGCUUGCGGACGGUGUGCUGCGCACGGGAGAAACGUUUGAACCGUGGACGCGUGAGGAUUUGCAGAAGUUGGCCGGAUUGAAUCUGCUGCGUGUGUUCCGCGAGAUCGAACGCAUCCGGGACAGUUUGGUGGAGGAGGACCCGUUCGAGGAUCUUAUUCCGUACGAAGAGUUCGUGAAAGCGAAUGUAGCAGAUCAGCCCUGCAUGACGGAUAUGGAGAUGUUAAAAAAACAGCAAGAAGCGACGCUAACGAUGGGUGUAUUGAUACUGUUGGCUGUGCUCGCGGUGGCUAUUGCCGUUCCAAUAGCGACGAACAGCGACACCGAUAACAGUUUAGCGCCACAGGUUAAUCAAUUUUUCGGCCGAACAGUGCUGGACGAGGUGCCAUUGAUUGAUGGCCACAACGAUUUGCCCUGGAAUCUGUACAACUACGAGCGGAAUCAGAUCAACAAGUUCGAGCUGAAUGCCGACCUGAAGGCACAUCCCGUCUGGGGUCCGGCCACCAACAGCCACACGGACAUUCCACGGCUGCAGGCGGGCAAAGUCGGCGCCCAGUUCUGGGUGGCGUACGUUGGCUGCAACAACCAGUACAAGGAUGCGGUCGAGCGCACCCUGGAACAGAUCGACGUGAUCAAGCGGAUGGUGCGCAAGUACCCGCAGUACAUGCGGUACGUCACCUCGACCGAGGGCAUUAUGGAAGCGUUCCGGGACGGGAAGAUCGGUUCGCUGAUUGCGGUUGAGGGUGGCCAUUCGAUGGAUUCCCGGCUGGCGGUGUUGCGCAUGUUCUACGAGCUCGGCGUACGGUACAUGACGCUGACGCACUCGUGCAAUACGCCGUGGGCGGAUGCGUCACCGAUCGACGAUCAGCCGGAAGCGACGCUGCGCAACGUAACGGGCUGGGGCCGAAAUGUGCUGUGGGAGAUGAACCGGCUCGGCAUGCUGAUCGAUGUGUCGCACGUCAGCCACGGGGUGAUGGUGGAGGUGCUCGAGCACACGAAAGCGCCCGUCAUCUUUAGCCACUCGUCGUCGUACUCCGUCUUCAACCAUCAUCGCAACGUGCGAGACGAUGUGCUGAAGCAGCUGGUGCAGAACAAUGGCAUAAUAAUGGUGAACUUUUAUCCGGGCUUCGUUGGGGGACGGUCGAUUGACAAUGUGAUCGAGCAUCUAAACUAUAUUAAAAGCGUCACCGGACCGAACCACAUUGGACUCGGUGGAGACUUUGAUGGUGUUACUGCAGUACCCGAUGAUCUGGACGAUGUCUCCAAGUAUCCCGAUCUGUUCGAUAUGCUAGCCGAGGGUGUGUACAAGAACGGGACCACCUUUGCGCCCUGGACGCGGGAAGAGUUGCGCAAGCUGGCGGGUGAGAACUUGUUGCGCGUUUUUCGCGAUGUGGAAGGGGUGCGUGAUAGUAUGGUGGAUGUGGAACCGUACGAGGAUUUGAUUCCGUACCAAGAUUUCGUCGAUGCCGGUGUGGCCGAACAGCCGUGCAUGAGCGAUUUGGAUAUUCAUAAGCAAUAAAGGGUGGAGCUGUGGUUUUGUAUGAUAAAAAAUGGGUUUGGAACGGAUCAUUAUUACUUGCAGAAUAAGAGAUUGCAUAAACUCAAUAAGUUCACUUA